CGGAGAAAGUUGAUCUCCGGCAGUGAGCCGAUCCCGGCGAGUGACGUCACCUCUCCAUCCCCUCUCUGUUUCCCCGGCUGGAGCGCGCAGUCUGUGUUUGAGCUUCGGCUGGAGAGAGCGUGCCUCCGCCACACGGCGCACUCAACUACACACGCCAACGGCACAGUGCAUUAUGAAGACAUAACACUCUCGCCAGCUGGAAAUACCCUGAUGUUUGCUACGCCUCGUAUUCUCAUCUAUUCGGCGGUGCUCUUCUCUUCUCGAUAUUUUGGACAGGAGGACAAUUGAUCACCAGAUUUAAACUCGAUGAGAAGAAGCCACACAAGAGCGGACAGAAAGAAGGGGAGACCAGCGUAGAUGUACAGACGUUGGAUUACUUCGCUUGUCGUGCAGAAAUUCUGGAUGUAAUUGUAGGCGACGAUACUUGUACAACUGGAGAGACCAAGUUUACAGACUUCGACGCAAAAAUGAUGUUACGGCUGUGAAUAUCCUGCAUCAGUAGGAGUACUCAGACGGACCUGACUCACGGCCUCCCUGCGAGCCGCUGCUGUUCAGGCUGCCAAAGCAAUGCUGGUGCCAACGAGUCACGUGACCCCCGCAGCCCCCCGCCCCGUGCUGCUCGUCAUGGCAACGCUCCUCCUCCUCGCCCACGCUGAAUCACCGCCAAAGUUUUUACGAACCCCCAAUGACCAAACGGGCGUCCAGGGAGGAGUGGCGUCCUUCAUAUGCCAGGCCAGCGGUGAUCCCCGGCCUAAGAUCGUAUGGAACAAAAAGGGGAAGAGAGUAAGCAACCAGAGAUUUGAGGUAAUCGAGUUUGACGACGGGUCAGGCUCAGUGCUGAGAAUUCAGCCUUUGCGUACGCCACGGGACGAAGCCAUAUACGAGUGUAUGGCCUCCAACAACGUUGGGGAGACGAGUGCCACGACAAGACUCACUGUUUUACGUGAGGACCAGCUGCCCUCCGGCUUCCCCACCAUAGACAUGGGCCCUCAGCUCAAGGUGGUGGAGCGGACGCGCACGGCCACCAUGCUCUGCGCCGCCAGCGGCAACCCCGACCCAGACAUCACCUGGUUCAAGGACUUCCUGCCCGUCAACACGUCCAGCAACAACGGACGCAUCAAACAGCUCAGAUCAGAAUCCUUUGGUGGUACACCAAUAAGAGGAGCCCUCCAGAUCGAGCAGAGUGAAGAGGCGGACCAGGGGAAGUAUGAAUGCGUGGCCACCAACAACGACGGCACCCGCUACUCCGCCCCGGCUAACUUAUACGUCAGAGAGCUGCGAGAAGUGCGUCGGGUCCCACCACGCUUCUCCAUCCCUCCGACGGACAGCGAGAUCAUGCCGGGCGGCAGCGUGAACAUCACCUGCGUGGCGGUGGGCUCGCCCAUGCCCUACGUCAAGUGGAUGCUGGGCUCCGAGGACCUGACUCCGGAGGACGACAUGCCCAUCGGCCGCAACGUGCUGGAGCUCACCGACGUGGUGCAGUCGGCCAACUACACCUGCGUGGCCAUGUCCACCCUGGGUGUUAUCGAGGCCAUGGCUCAGAUCACCGUCAAAGCUCUGCCCAAGCCCCCAGGCGUCCCCGUGGUAACGGAGCGCACUGCGACAAGCAUCACCCUCACGUGGGACUCUGGCAACCCGGAGCCCGUGUCCUACUACAUCAUCCAGCACAAGUCCAAGAACUCCGAAGACCCGUACAAGGAGAUCGACGGCGUGGCCACGACCCGCUACAGCGUGGGCGGCCUCAGCCCAUACUCCGACUACGAGUUCCGCGUGGUGGCGGUCAACAACAUCGGCCGCGGGCCGUCCAGCGACGCCAUCGAGGCCAAGACGGCCGAGCAGGCGCCCAGCACCGCCCCCCGACAGGUCAGAGGUCGUAUGCUGAGCGGCACCACUGCCAUCAUCCACUGGGACGAGCCUGAGGAGGCCAAUGGGCAAAUCAUGGGCUACCGAGUCUACUAUACCAGCGACCCCACGCAGCCCGUCAACCAGUGGGAGAAGCAGAUCGUCCGAACCUCCAACUUUCUCACCAUCCAGGGCCUGACACCCAAUAAGACUUACUACAUCAAGGUGCUGGCCUACACGUCCGUGGGCGAUGGACCAAUGUCUACAGAUCUGCAGAUCAUCACCAAGACUGGAGUUCCAUCCCAGCCAACGGACUUCAAGGCCGAGGCCAAGUCUGAGACGAGUGCCCUGCUGUCGUGGGUCGCCCCGUCUCAGAGCGGCCAGGACAAUCAGAUCACAGGAUAUGAGCUGCUCUACAGGAAGAAGGAUGACAAAGAGGAGAAGAGGGUGAGCUUCGAGCCCACGUCCACCUACCUGCUCAAGGACCUGAAGCCCUUCAGCACGUACACGUUCCAGCUGGCGGCACGCAGCAAGCACGGCGUGGGAGCCUACACCAACGAGAUCUCAGCUGAGACGCCCCAGACACAGCCCUCAGCUCCGCCUCAGGAGGUCAAGUGCUCUAGCCAGGGCUCCACCAACAUUCUGGUAAGUUGGCAGCCACCACCCACGGAACUUCAGAACGGAAUCAUUACCAAGUACGCGGUCCAGUACUCCGCCACGGAGGGAGAGGACACGGCCACGCGACAAAUCUCGGACAUACCCCCGGAAACCACCCAGUACCUCCUGGAAAACUUGGAAAAAUGGACAGAGUACCGCGUGACCGUGACGGCCCACACGGACGUGGGACCGGGCCCCGAAAGCUUGCCGCAGCUCAUCCGCACCGAGGAGGAUGUUCCCAGUGGCCCGCCUCGCAAAGUCGAGGUGGAGCCUGUCAACUCCACGUCAAUAAAAGUGAUGUGGCGCUCGCCAGUGCCCAACAGGCAGCACGGGCAGAUCCGCGGGUACCAGGUGCACUAUGUCAGGAUGCUAAAUGGGGAGGCCAUGGGGCAGCCAAUUAUCAAGGACAUCCUGAUAGACGAUGCUCAGUGGGAAUAUGACGAUUCCACCGAACAUGAGAUGGUCCUCAUUGACCUGCUGGCAGAGACCACGUACUCCGUCACCGUGGCAGCCUACACCACCAAGGGGGACGGGGCCCGCAGCAAGCCCAAACUGGUGACCACCAUGGGUGCAGUUCCUGAGCGCCCGCGACUUAUGGUGAGCGCCACCAACAUGGGCACGGCCCUGCUCCAGUGGCACCCGCCGCCCAAUACCCACGGCACGCUCCUGGGCUACCGACUCCGCUUCGGCCGCAAGGACGUGGAGCCCCUGACCGUCAUCGAGUUCCCCGAGCGCGAGAACCACUACACUACCAAAGAAAUUCACAAGGGCGCCUCCUACAUCUUCCGCCUGUCCGCCCGCAACAAGGUGGGCUUCGGCGAGGAGACGGUCAAAGAGAUCAGCACGACCGAGGACGUGCCCAGCGGCUACCCGCAGGCCAUCGCGGCCGAGGCGGCCACCGCCACCACCAUUCAGGUGAGCUGGCAGCCCGUGCUGCUGGCCGAGCGUAACGGCGCCAUCGUGAGGUACGCGCUGCAGUACAAGGACAUCAACAGCCCGCAGAGCCCCUCCGAGCUCUUCAUCAAGGCGCCCGAGUCGGUCGUCACGCUGGACGGCCUGCGGGCCGACACUACGUACGAUAUCAAAAUGUGUGCCUUCACCAGCAAGGGCCCAGGGCCGUAUAGCCCCAGUGUGCAGUUCAGAACACAGCCCGUGGAUCAAGCAGUGUUUGCAAAAAAUUUCCAUGUGAAAGCUGCCACGAAGACCUCUGUUCUGCUGACCUGGGAGAUUCCUGACAACUACAAUCCAGCGCAGCCGUUCACGAUCCUGUACGACAACGGGCAGAGCGCGGAGGUGGACGGCCGCCUCACGCAGAAGCUGAUCACCAAGCUGCAGCCGGAGACGCAGUACUCCUUCCUGCUCACGAACCGCGGCAACAGCGCUGGCGGGCUGCAGCACCGCGUCACGGCCAUGACGGCGCCGGACAUCCUCCGCACCAAGCCCAACCUCGUGGGCAAGACCAACUCCGACGGCAUGGUCACCGUGCAGCUGCCCGCCGUGCAGACCGCCGAGAAAGUCAGGGGCUACUACAUCGUAGUGGUGCCGCUGAAGAAACGCACGGGGAAGUUUGUGAGGCCUUGGGACAGCCCAGACGAGAUGAACCUAGAGGAGUUGCUGCGUGAGAUUAACCGCACGAGCCGAGCGCUUCGCUUCCGUCGUCAGGCUGAGCCCAAGCCCUACAUCGCCGCCUACUUCAAAGACCUGCCCACCGAGUUCACGCUGGGCAACGGCCGCACCUACGGAGAGUUCCAGAACAAGCAGCUCCAGAACGGACAGGAGUAUAUCUUCUUCGUGCUAGCCGUGCUGGACAUCUCCGAAAACACCAUGUACUCGACCAGCCCUUACUCCGACCCUGUGGUGUCGGCCGACAACGACCCCCAGCCCAUAAUCGAUGAAGAGGAGGGUCUGCUCUGGGUGGUGGGGCCUGUGCUCGCCGUGGUCUUCAUCAUCUGCAUAGUCAUCGCCAUCCUGCUCUAUAAGAGCAAACCGGACAGGAAACGUGCCGAGUCGGAAGCCAGGAAAGGAAGCCUGCCGCACAGCAAGGAGAUGCCCUCGCACCACCCCACAGACCCCGUUGAGCUACGGAGGCUCAACUUCCAAACGCCAGGUUCAAGCCUCUGCGGUUACCCCAGUAACCUCCAUUUGUCAAGUAUGGCCAACCACCCACCCAUCCCCAUUCUGGACCUGGCCGACCACCUGGAGCGCCUCAAAGCCAACGACAACCUCAAGUUCUCCCAGGAGUACGAGUCCGUUGAUCCUGGACAGCAGUUCACCUGGGAGCAUUCCAACCUCGAGGUGAACAAGCCCAAGAACAGAUACGCCAACGUAAUCGCCUACGAUCACUCCAGAGUCUUGCUCUCGGCUAUCGAUGGUAUACCAGGCAGCGAUUACAUCAAUGCCAACUACAUCGACGGCUACCGUAAGCAGAAUGCCUACAUCGCCACGCAGGGCUCUCUGCCGGAGACGUUCGGGGACUUCUGGAGGAUGAUCUGGGAACAACGCAGUGCCAACAUCGUCAUGAUGACUAAACUGGAGGAGAGGUCCAGGAUGCCUUCAUAUUUCUUCUCCAAGGUGAAAUGUGACCAGUACUGGCCCACCAGGGGGACGGAGACCUACGGGUUGAUCCAGGUCACGCUGUUGGACACGGUGGAGCUGGCCACCUACUGCGUCAGGACCUUCGCACUUUAUAAAAACGGCUCCAGUGAGAAGCGCGAGGUGCGGCAGUUCCAGUUCACGGCCUGGCCUGACCACGGGGUGCCCGAGCACCCCACUCCUUUCCUGGCCUUCCUGCGGAGGGUGAAAGCCUGCAACCCUCCAGACGCCGGCCCCAUGGUGGUGCACUGCAGUGCGGGCGUGGGUCGGACGGGCUGCUUCAUCGUGAUCGACGCCAUGCUGGAGCGCAUCAAGCACGAGAAAACGGUGGACAUCUACGGCCACGUGACGCUGAUGCGUGCCCAGCGCAACUACAUGGUACAGACGGAGGACCAGUACGUCUUCAUCCACGACGCCUUGCUAGAGGCGGUCACCUGCGGUAACACCGAGGUGCCCGCCCGCAACCUGUACACCUACAUCCAGAAGCUCACGCAGAUCGAGACCGGGGAGAACGUCUCCGGCAUGGAGCUCGAGUUCAAGCGCUUGGCCAACUCGAAAGCCCACACCUCCCGAUUCAUCAGUGCCAACCUGCCCUGCAACAAGUUCAAGAACCGCCUUGUCAACAUCAUGCCAUACGAGUCGACGCGCGUGUGUCUACAGCCCAUCCGCGGGGUGGAGGGCUCCGACUACAUCAACGGCAGCUUCAUCGAUGGAUACAGGCAACAGAAGGCCUACAUCGCCACGCAAGGCCCUCUGGCCGAGACCACCGAGGACUUCUGGAGGAUGCUGUGGGAGCACAACUCCACCAUCGUGGUCAUGCUCACCAAACUCCGAGAGAUGGGAAGGGAAAAAUGCCAUCAGUACUGGCCAGCGGAGAGGUCUGCCCGCUACCAGUAUUUUGUGGUGGACCCGAUGGCCGAAUACAACAUGCCUCAGUACAUUCUGAGGGAGUUCAAAGUCACAGACGCCAGGGACGGACAGUCACGGACGGUACGGCAGUUCCAGUUCACCGACUGGCCUGAACAGGGAGUACCAAAAUCAGGAGAGGGCUUCAUCGACUUCAUCGGCCAAGUGCACAAAACGAAAGAGCAGUUUGGCCAAGACGGACCCAUCUCGGUCCACUGUAGUGCCGGCGUGGGCAGGACCGGGGUCUUCAUCACCCUCAGUAUAGUACUGGAGCGGAUGAGGUACGAGGGUGUGGUGGACAUCUUCCAGACGGUGAAGAUGCUCAGGACGCAGAGGCCAGCCAUGGUACAGACGGAGGAUCAGUACCAGUUCUGCUAUCGAGCAGGCUUGGAGUACCUUGGGAGCUUUGAUCACUAUGCAACGUAAGAGUCUCGCUCCUGGCGGGGGAAAAAACCAGACGGGCCUUGAAGAACCAGAGCGUCUGUACUGAGCCAUACCUCCCUGCUUGCGUGCGACAAGUACUUCUUUAUUCAACUCCUAGGGUCAAGACUUGGGUAACGAACCCAAACCUAAAAAAAAAAAAAUUAAAUAAUUGAGGAAAGACAAUUCCAUGCGGACCAAGAAUAACCCCUUACCCUGGCACCCCCCCCCCAGUACAACCUCCCCAAUCCCCCACCCACAUGCCCUUCACACCCCGCCCCCCGACCCCCACCACCCCCAAAAGAAAAUCUAAUAAUCUUACCCCCAAUACUGAGACACGGGGAGUCCUGACUGUUGGAGCUUCGUAUGGAAUUAUUAUUUUUCUUCUUUUGGCUUCAAGGAUUCCCCUCGGACGGAUCAACUCGACACAUGAAUUCAAUGAAAUAUAAAGAAAAACAAACAAAAAAAACAAAACAAAAAAACACAUACGUAAAUGAGUAAAUAAACAAACAAACAUUCACGAGAACUGCAUCAACGAACACAGAGCUUUGGGAGAGAGGAGGAGUCAGACGAAAAACAGCCUGAGAUACGAUGCAUAUUGUAAAGUGUAUUUUCUGUUCUACAAUCAAAUGACACGAGAGGGCGUCUCAUUGGAUGACGAAAAAAGAAGAGACCAGUGAUUGGUGAAAUAUUAAAAAGGGACACCACUAAAGUAAAAAAAGAAAAUAGUCCUUUUCCUGUCACAACUUUCCUCAUUCAAUUAUAAAAAGGGGGUGGGUAUGGGAUGUUUAAAGGAAUACCAGAUAAAUGAUAAAAACUUAUUGAUUUAGUUUUUUAGUACUUUAUUAUACAGCUGAUCCUGUGCUUCAGUUUGAACUGUGUGAAAUUAUUUCCUUUUUUUAACAAACUGAUCACUUGACGAAGUGAAUUCAAACUAAGUAUAGGCUUUGUCAUUCACAUUUUUUCCAUUCAAUGCAUAAUUUUGUAAGCUGUAGGACUAGUCUAAUGUAUGCACCAUUAUGUUAAAAAAAAAUCCCAACGCCGCCUUUUUACUGUUUUUAUUUCCUUGUGUUUACCAUGUAAUUGAUUUGCAGACCUGUGUUUUCACUACCAAAAUGCUAACAUAAGCAUUUCUUUUCUAUUUGUCCAUGAUCACCUACACAAUAACCUACACCUGUUCAAUAAACUGGGGCUCUGUGGAAUCAACAGGGAUGAGCAAAGUAUGAAGUUGCUGCUACCAAUUAUCUUAGUUCUUCCAUGUUAGAAUGAUGUGUUGCCAAUGAGAGGAUAUUUAUAAAUAACAGAUUUAUAUUAAAUAUAUACAUAUGUAUACCAUAUUAAAAGAAUAUAUUCUCUGUAUGUUCCAUGUAUAGAGAAUAUAUGUACCAUAUGAACAUAUUUAUGAAUUUCGAGAUUAUACAAUAUAAAAUGAAUAUAUAAAGCUAUGUUAUGAAUGAUUAUAUAUAAAAGUUCUGCAAUGAGAUUUCUGUAGUUUCUUGGAGGGAAAUAAGAGAACUUUCACUGGAAUGCACAUCAGUAGUAAAAAAAAAAAAAAGAUCGUAUUCUGAUUCAGUGCAUCUUUUCUUGUGCAAUAAAUAGGUGUAUUAUAAGUAGGGUUUUUGUGUGUAUACCUUGAUUUUCUUUCUUUUUUUCUCCCUCUCUCUCUCGUUUUUUUUUUCUCAUGGCAUUGCUAUCCCCUUCACGGGAGGGGGUUUCGAGGAGAUUGUCACUUUGUCACUCGGAAAUAAUGUAGUGCAUCUAGACACGUGGAAGUCCAGUCUAUGGUUAGUGCAACUAGAACGGUAGCCAUGUAGUCGUUCUGUAGUGUAGUAUGGUAAGGUACAAAGACGUCACUUUCUUGAGCUUUUAAAAAGGUGUAACGGCGUAAUAUUCUAUGUUUUUAUUUUUUCGCAUUUAGAGUGCCUUAUAUUUAUGCCUGUUUUUAUUAAGAUAUACAUUAACUCUCUUAUGUAUUGUUUUAGUACCCCAUAUUAUCUAUCGAUUUGUGUAUUUAAUUUUAGCAUAAGUAUCCUCUUUCUUUUUUUGUUAAAAGUAUUAUUACAUUAUAUGGAAUUAUAUAUGCAAAUAAGUAAAUUCAAAUGCUCCAGUUUAAUUUUCCUCGAUCCUUAUUAUUUUCUGUGGCCUUAAUUAAUCUGGCAUAGUGAAAAGUAAACCAGAACAGUCAACAUUAUAAAUAGCAUAGCAUGAGGUCCAUCAAAGAAUCAGAAUGCAGCUGAACACCCACAGACAGGCUGUAUACAUUGUUAACUUGUUUCUCCACGAGUGACGCUAAUAGUUUUAAAACUGCAGUGUCACUGUGCAGCAACGUGAAAUAGUGUUGUGUCUUUCGAUCGGCUAGGUACAUGUCUUGGCCUACUCUAAAGACAACGCAUCUCGUACUCGUUUGUCCUCUUCAUGUCGAUCACGUGAGACAGUCUCCGGCUACUGGAGCGCUAGGAGUAUUAUGCUGACUCUCAGUCGAAAAGGGACACCAUACCCUGCCUUAGGACUGACAGUACACACUCGUUAAGGAACGGAUGUUAUCAGAAUAAGCAAGCAGAAAAAAAGAAAAAAGAAAAAAAUUCUGAAAGGAAAGAAAGAAUGAAAAAAUGAAUUCUUGACAAUCCAGCAAUGUGUGGGGCCAGGGUGACGAUGGACACUCUCACAAAGCAAGAAGCGUUUUUCUUACACUUAUUUCCGUUUGUUGGUUUCAUAGACACAUGACAAAGACACGCUCAAAUUUUGUUCGCGCCGCCGUCGGUAGAUAUAUAUUUUCUUUCUCUUCCGUGGCUUUGUGGAUGUGCAUUCCAGGUGCUUUCUUUCCCUGAUUGCUUUACGCUGAAAGGUUGUGAUUCUGUCAGUCGCUUCAUCGAUUCAAAGUGUUUCUUUUUUGUUUUGUUUUUCAGUGUUGUUGUUAUUGUUGCUUUCUCUUUCACCAGUCUUUAAUUUCCCAUUCAUUGCUGUAACAGUCUAAACUCCAAAAGUGCUAUUAUUUAGCUUCAUGUACAUGUCACGUCCAUCUGUUUCCAUCCAGUAUUAACCCGGGUGCGUGCAGUAUGGUUGUACUCCCGCGACGCACUUUCACUUUCAUUUUCUCCAUUUCAAUCUUAUUUCGAUAUGCAUGGUGACCCUGUGGCCGCAGAGGGCCCUGGUAGGAAGAAUUGCACUUUCUCUAUCUUUGUACUAUGCACUGCCCUCUUGAUUCUGAACCCAAUAAUGUAUUACUUGAACCCAUCUGUAAGAAUCUCCUGACACACUCACUUUGUGUAUAUAAAUAACACAACAAUGGUAUUGAAAUUUAAAAAAAGAAAAGACAAAAAAAAAUGGUUUGUGGCAAAAAGGGCAUCCAUCAUGGUGCCAUGGAAAUUCAUCCAGGUGACUCCCUCUUUGGAGAUUUUUGCCCCCAGCCACCAGCCCUCUCCCCAACCUGUCCCACCCCAACUUGCCCCACCCUGCCCUGCCCUGCCCUGUCCUGUCCUGUCCCUAACACCAACCCUCGUUGCCAUCUGUUCUGUGGCUUUUGAUCCAAGAGCUUAGAGUGUCAUUGAGAGAAAAUAAACGUCGUGUUCUCUACUCUCUCUCUCUCUUCCUCCUAUCUAUCACUCGUCUGGAUGCAUAGACUGAAAUUAAUUACAGAAAUUGUACAAAACAACUAAAAAAAAAGAGAAAAAUGGCUUGUUAAAAGAAAUCAUAAAAUUACCUCCAGUUAGUUGUAAGCGUAAACUGUUUUCUUUUUUUUUCCAGAUUUGUUUGUUUGUUUUCUGAAUGAGAGGGGUGGUUUUUAUUUUCUUACUUAGGUUAUAUUGGUGGCGAAAGAUGUCUGUAUGGAAAAAAAAAAACAAUUCUUUGCUGACACAAGUUCCAUUUGUUAUAAAUGAAUUCUAUUAAAAAAUGUAAGUGUUA